AAGAAGAUGCAAGCCCUUUGGGUCUGGCUCGCCUCAAGGUGUCCCAAAAACAUUGCCGUCAUAGAAAGCGCAACUCACGCGCAACUCAAACAACUUAGUGACGCGACGAGAACGACGAGGUGAUUCUCGAGUAUUUCCGUUGCCGUUGCGGCACGGUUCGGAAGCAAACCCAUAGGAACGGGUACUCCAACCUGAUGCAACAUAUCAGGGGGGAGCACCCUGACUACGAGACCGUCAUGCUCGACGCUACGACGGCGGAGACAGGCUCCCUCGUGAACUUCGUCCGCCACUCGGCGCUCAACCUCCACGGCUGGAUGGUUUGGAUUGUCAUGUGCAACCUGCCACUCCCUUUUUGUGAGAGCCGAGAAGCUCGGCGGUACGUAUAUGCAUAAGGUCAUUGUGUUUACAUUACUACGGAAACUAACAACUUUACUUUAUGGAUGUUAUUCAGCUACUCCAGCCUGGACCCCAUCUCGGAGGAAACGCUGCGGGCUGGCAUGGACGGGGUCGUCGUCGCCGUCGAGCGUUCGAUUGCGUCGGAGCUCCCAGCACGCUUCGGCAUCAUGCUCGACGGCUGGACACACGCAUCUGAGCACUACAUCGCCGUGUUCGCGUGCUAUAAGGUGAACGGCUGUCCCAAAACAACGCUACUCAGCAUGGCCCCGCUGCUGGACGCGCAGGACGACGAUCUCUCCGCGCAGGGCCAUCUCGAGUUUCUAGCGACCACGCUGCCGCGCGAUUACGGCGUACAGCUGGCGCAUGUGCCGCUUGUUGGUUGCGCAAGCCACCGCCUGAACCUUGCUGUUCAGGCGGACAUGGCGUCGCAUGAGGAGGACCUGGCUGUUGUGCAGGCGCUCAUGGUAAAAUUGCGUACUCUCACCCAAUCUGCCAAACUACGGUUGAAAACGCCACUUCGGCCUGUCAUUCGCCAGGACACGCGCUGGAGCUCUACGUUCGAGAUGGUACGGCGCUACCUCCAGCUCCUCGAGUUUCUUGACGCCGAAGACGACGACCUCAUGGACCUGCUGCCGCCGCCGGCGAUGAACAAGCGACUGCGGGCAUUGUACCAGGAGCUGUGCGACAUCGAGUCGGUCUCGAAGGCCCUUCAAGGCCACGACGUCGACCUGCUGGACGUUCGCGAGUGGUUCGACGAGCUGAUCGCUGUCAAGCCACAAUAUGGGCGCUACAUUGGUAAGUUUAUAACUGUUGAAUUUGUGUUUAAUAUUUUCACUAACAAUUGUAUAAUGGUUUUUAUUUUGCAGGGCCUCGGGCCAACAUUGUGCACAGCCCAGAUUUUGAGGCCGGGUGUGUACGCGUUCUCCGCGGGAAGGCGCAGCGGCUGACGCGUGCUGAAAAGGCCGCUUUGAAGCCCUUCGAAGCUGCCAGACCGGACGACGCGGCCGCGAGUGAAAUGGAGGAGGAUCCAGCCGCGUCGUUCGUGGAGCGUCUUCGGAAGCGCCGGCGGCUUGCACAGGACCGUGUCAAGUAUGAACAGCUGAAGAGCAUCCCACCCACGUCGAACGUGGUGGAACGCUUCUUCAGCAUUGCUCGGGUGACGUUUGGUCAUCAACGACACGGCCUGCUGCCACGCACGCUUGAGACGAUUUUGUUUCUCCGCCAGAAUCGGUCGUACUGGGAUGCAACGACUGUGGACAAUUUGAGCUAGAUGAUAAGCUAACUGGUGUCUUGUUAAUAGACUUCAUGCUUUUCAUAAUGGCAUUAUUUAUUGUGGUACGUUGGGGGCAAUGCCAUAAUGUACUGUUGUAUUGGUAGGAGCGUCAGGGGAUAAUUUAUUCAGCAACGCCCAACCUACUAAAUAAAAAUGCCAUAUUCGGAGGCCCUG